AUGGCACCUCCAGGCCUUCCGUUUCCAGACAUCAGCACCUCCUCCUACUUGUCCCUUCUGCGGCCGCGAAGACAGCAUCGCACAUACCUUCUGGCAGUGCUCGAGAGCACAGGAUAUGUGGAGCGGCUUGUUGGAUAUCUGGUACGGGCCACAGAUUCCACCCACCCGACCACCCCCGGCCUGGCGGCACUAGCCUCCGCACACGUCACAGCCCUCGCAACAUUGCACGCCAAACGCAGGCAACGAACGCCUGCGAGCCACAGUGUACAGAACAAUCGCGGCGAGAUGUUCCAAUGCACACCGUCACGGGCGUUCAGUCCCGUGGGACCCCUCCCCGGCUCGAUUGCUAUGCCAUAUGGGGAAUCUCUGGCAUGUUAUUUCCUGGCUCGGUUUCUCCCGGAUCCCACCACGAACAGUCAAGCGGAAUAUGAUGGACUUCUCGGGGCACUACGUCUAGCCCAGGCGAUGAACCUUCAGGACCUGGAGAUAUGCGGGCACAGCAACCUGGGGCCUCAACCGAGUCCGCCACCCAGCUUUCGACAUGUCGAGUCCAGUUGCGCUCGGGUGCUGCUCAAUGGCCUCCUGGCCAUUCGAUGGGGCCCUGCCACUCGACUCGAGUUGUCCAACAACAUCAAUCCUCCAACUGACCCGACGUGGCAGUACUCGAGCGACAGGCUGCAGUCCAUAUCGUCCAAGUACAAAAUCGCUACGGCAAGUUCCACCACCGCACAGCCCAAGCAGCCUCGGACCAGCCAGAAAUUUCUAGCAAAAUACGCCCCCACCGUCACAUAA